AUGGGGGAUGUGGAGGAGGACUCCGAGGUGGAAGAGGAGGUGCACGAGGAGGACUCCGAGGUGGAAGAGGAGGUGCACGAGGAGGACAGUGAGCACGAGGAUGCCGAAGAGCAUGAGGACGGCUUGCACACCCCGUCAGAUGGGGCCCAUGGCGAGGAUAACGCCGCUAGCUCGUAUGCGGACGCCGCGGAUGUGGCUGAGGGGGAGGUUGAUAUUGACGAGCAUGAGACAGACAAGGCUAGCGGCGAGGGCGAAAACGUUGCAGAAGCCACCGCCCACCCCGGGGACAAGGGAGCUAGAGUUGAUUCCAAGGGAGACGUUGGACAGACGGCAGAAAAGGCGGAUGAGGCUGAGGCUGAGGCUGAGGCAGAUAAUGAUACACAGAGCAAUCUCUUCAGUAAUCAAGCGGCGGUACAAGCUGCAUUUGAAGUGGAAACCGCUAUUCAAUCUGAUUCCGUUGAUGGACUCGCAAAGACCGCCGUGGAUACCGGCGCAAAAGAAAAGCGUCUGUUAAGAAUUGCGGCUGAUGACGGCGCCGCGAAAGAACCACGUGAGGACGACAUCGCAGAAGGAAAAUCGAAGGCAGAGAUAGGCACAAUUAUCGAAGCAAAAGCAGUACCGGGAAUUGCGAUGGAUUCGGGCGUUGAAAAGGAGUUGAAAUGAUUCUGGUUGAUCUCAAGGGCAAGCGAGUGUCUCGGAAUGAACCGGUCCUUGUGGUUGGCGGUGGUUUCAUGGCUGAUAUUGGCGGAUUCGCCUGUGCUCUUUAUCACAGGAAUACUCCCUACGUAAUGUUGUGCACAUCUAUUGUGUCAGGUAUUGAUGCUGGGCCUUCUCAUCGGACAUGCUGUGAUGGGUUGGGAUACAAGAAUGUUUUCAGUGCGUAUCAUCCCCCUAUCCUUACUCUAACUGAUCGACAAUUCUUCAAGACGCUAGAGCCCGGAUAGAUUCGUCAUGGCAUCGCCGAAAUCAUAAAGAUGGCAGUCACUAAAGACGCUACUCUUUUCACAGCGCUGGAGACUGCCGGAAAUCGUCUGGUGGAGACCAAGUUUGGAGU